AUGGCCCAAUCGAAAGUUUCGUUGCCCAAUCCCUGCCCAAAAAUACCUGAGAACAAGAUAAUUCAGGAAUUCGAAGAGCCCAUCCUCCUUAGCUGCCAGCACACCACGUGUAGAAAGUGCUCGAAUGGGUCGCCGAGUUGCAAGACGUGCUCCCCGGGGCCAUCUACGUCAAGGAGCCACACACCACAACCGGAUAGACUCGCCGCGUUCUUGUUGGACGCGUCGAAAGAGGAGAUGGAGGAAUGUGCGAAUUGUGAAGAGAUUUCCCUCCCCAUGUUCUAUUGCGAAACAUGUCAACAAUCACUCUGCCUUUCGUGCCGAAACGUGACUCAUCAGGCCCGUAUGUUCUCCACUCACAAAAUAAUCAGUUCAGACGAGCGGAGUAAAGUGUACAGUUCCGCGUUAUGCAAAGAGCACAACGAGCCGUACAUCCUUUACUGUUCGGAUGUCAGAAAAUUAGUCUGUAUCCAAUGCUUCAACGGGCGGCCCCUAGAAGAGCGUCACAGUUUCAUUUCCAUCGAACAGGGCCAUCGAAUGUGUCUCGAGAAGAUCGAGCAGUCCGCUGCGAAGCUCCGAUUCUAUCAAUCGGAGAGACAAGAGGAAUUGAAUGUCCGGCAGAGGAUUCUAGAUGAGAACGCGUCGAAUUUCGAUGAUGCGAAGACGGCGUUGUAUCAGUUGUGUCAGCAGAUAAUGGAUACUGUAAUGACUACGAGGGAGACGUUGGCCAAGGAAUUGGUGAGGCAACAGGAGCAGAGUGAUGAGCAGUGUAAGCGGCAGAUCAAGGAGAUUGAAGCGGUUAUGGGCCCAGUCCGUCUCUGUCUCUUCUCCGCUCAAAUCCUGUGCACUUCCGCGUCGAAACUCGACGUCCUCCAACUUUGUCCUCAACUUCAAAAGCGAAUCUCCAUUCUUCUCGACAAGACAGUCGACAAACUUCCCGUCUCCUCAACUCCAGACAGUAUAGAGGUCAGGUCGGAUCUUGCAAAGUCGUUGGAACCUUAUCUAGGCAUGAGUGCUGCCUGGUGUCCUAUCAGUGUGUCCCGUGAGGGGAGCUCAUCGAAUUCUUAUAAGAGAGGCUCCGGGUCUCACAAGGGUCCAAUGCCAAUGCUGUCAAAGUUUCAAGCGACUAUCGACUUGGCAGGAGCGUUUGGACAGUUGUUCGGAAAAGUUGAACACCCACUGCGUCAGUUGAUCGUGGAGCUCUCCUCCAUCAGUCAACAAGUCCUCGAAACCCAACGAGACUUGACCAUUCGGCGAUGUAUAAUCGAGAAGGAGGACGUGGAGAAGCUUGUGAAAAUCUGUAAGAAAAUCGAGGCGAGUCUAGGCAUGCACUCGGCAGCUCUGGAUGGAAUGCAGAGUGAAAUGCAGGAGAUUUGGCAGGAACAACUGGAUCGAGUGAGACGGCAACAGAUUAUAUAUAGGGAGAAGGUGGAGGAGAUUCUGAAUUUGAGAGAGACGGCCAGACAGAUUCUGACGGCGGCGAAACAGCUGGUACCCUAUGUUUCGUGUAUUUUGAAUAUGAAUGCGAUGAUUGAUCCGAAACGCUGCCAUCCACCCGACCCGGCACCAAUGGAGAGUAUCUGCCUGGAGAUCACCGGUAUCGAGCCAAACAGUCAGAAUCGAAUUUUGGCUAUCGAGAAAGAGGAAGAGAACCGGCGGCUCAAUCAGGAAGCGAAGAAAAAAGAGGAGUUGGCUGGUCAAAGUGCGGUGAUGAAAACGUUGAAGCAUGGGAAGAUAAAAAGGAAGGAGAUGCAUCAUCGGAUGAUGUUGAACACGAAUCGAGAGAGGAGUCCCGGUGGAACGGAUACCGCUUUGACGAGUCCGUGUAUAAGAAGAUUAACCACCACCGCUGUCAAAGAAGAAACCGCUUCGGAACUCGACGCCGAGGAGUUCUUCGACGAGAUCUUCGAGCUCAGCGGUGAGCAAUACGAGGAAGUGGUGGACGGCACGCUCACCGAAGAAGAUCGUUGUAGCUCCGCCCUCCUUCUCUCUCUCGAAGACUCCAUCUCCCCACUACCAUCUCUCGAACAACUACUCGGAAGGAUGCCACUGGCGACACGUGUCACUUCAGACAUCGGCUCGAGUCGUGGUGCAAUGUUGCAAAGUUUGAAUGACGUGUUCGCCCUACAAAAGCCACCGACACCCGAGAAUAUAAGCGUGUCGGAGGAACGGAAUGUAUUGGCGUCGGCGGUUCGGAAUGCGGAAAAACGAAAAAGUUUGCCGACGAUGUUGGAGGGGAUGAUUGAAAAAGAGGAAAUUGAAAUAGCGACACAGGAUAAGUCACAAGGACAGGAAAAAGAAAAGAAGAAAGUGAUCAGACGACGAGUCAAAAAACUAAAUGAGCAAUCCGAGGAAUCCGAAGUCGUCACGUUCACUUUCAGCGCACCGCCCGAUUGUCCUUUCGUUCCGCAGGAUAUCUUUGAGAAUAAUGAUAAUGAGAAAUUGGGGACGUUCGAGGCGAAGGAGAGGGUUUUGCAGAGUUUGAAGCAGAAAAUGAAUCAGAAGAAUGGAAGUUUCGAGGAAUAG